UAUCGCUUCGGGUUCUGGUUCAGCAUAACUGCAACCUCCGCCUAGAUUAUAGGCUAGGCCUGGUCACGUCCUCUAUCACAUGACUGUGUACUCGGAAAAUGCUUCUGCGCUGCUAGCUGUACCGUACCGGUGCUACAUGUACAGCUACCGGUACCGUUCGUCUGAUUCGAUUGACUGGGCUUCGUUGGUGCUGACUGCUGCAGUGCUGGUGUGACAAAGUUCAAUCGGGACAUUCGAAAAGAAGGAUCAAGGCAAGGAGAGUCGAGUUGAAUUGUCCCUUUCUGAUUCUAAGUUAACUUUCUAAGCUAAGGCAUCGUUUCUAAAAUGUCGUCUUUGGAAGAGGGAUCAGGUUUUGGAGGUGACGAGCGUUACUGUGUCGUUGGCUCUUUCCCUCAAGAAUUUCAAUACUCCCAAGAAGGGCAGAAUGGAGAGAUAAAGGUACCAUCCUCAGAUGCUAGGCCAAGAAUAUUGCUCAUGGGGCUCAGGAGGAGUGGGAAGUCAUCAAUACAGAAAGUAGUUUUUCACAAGAUGUCCCCAAAUGAAACAUUAUUCCUGGAGAGCACAAAUAAGAUUGUUAAAGAUGACAUCAACAACAGUUCUUUUGUCCAGUUUCAAAUUUGGGAUUUUCCCGGCCAGAUGGACUUCUUUGACCCAGCGUUUGAUUCUGAAAUGAUCUUUGGCACCUGUGAAGCACUCGUCUUCGUCAUUGAUGCACAGGAUGACUACAUGGACGCACUCGCCAAACUGCACGUGACCGUAUCAAGAGCGUACAAAGUCAACCCAAACAUCAAGUUCAAGGUGUUCAUUCACAAGGUGGAUGGCCUGUCAGAUGAUCACAAGAUUGAGACCCAACGAGACAUCCAUAGAAGAGCCAAUGAGGAUCUGGCUGAUGCUGGGCUUGAGUGUAUUCACCUAAGUUUUUACCUGACCAGUAUCUACGAUCACUCCAUCUUUGAAGCUUUCAGUAAGGUUGUCCAGAAGCUCAUCCCACAGCUUCCUACACUGGAGAAUCUUCUCAACAUUCUUAUCUCAAAUUCUGGCAUCGAGAAGGCCUUUCUCUUUGAUGUUGUUAGUAAGAUCUACAUCGCUACCGAUAGCUCCCCCGUUGACAUGCAGUCAUAUGAAUUAUGCUGUGAUAUGAUUGAUGUCGUCAUCGAUGUUUCAUGUAUCUAUGGUUUAGAAAGAGAGGGUGAUGGAAGUGCCUAUGAUUCUGAGUCUAGUUCAAUCAUCAAGCUGAAUAAUUCUACUGUUCUUUAUCUGAAAGAAGUCAACAAAUUUCUUGCCCUCGUGUGUUUACUUAGAGAAGAUAACUUUGACAGGCAAGGUCUUAUCGACUACAACUUUCUUUGCUUCAAGAAUGCCAUUGAGGAAGUGUUCGCGAUCCGGGAGAAGGCCCAGGGAGUGGAGAGGGGCGCAGACUAUGCAGCUCUUACCAGUGACUCACUGGACAACCCUCAGUCAAAUGGACUUGUGGAAGCGAAAUCAUGAAAACAGUCGCUUUGCAGCCCUUACCAGUGACUUGCUGGACAACCCUCACACAAAUGGACUUGUGGAUGCGAAAUCAUGAAAACUGUUGUUUCCUGGAAGAAAAAAAUAUGACAAACUGAUGGUUAAGCCAUCAUUCUUAAUAUGGCUCUGAAGAUGUGUAAGACGUCAUGUUAGAGAUCCUGUGGAAAUCUUAAAAGACAGUAGACAUCUUGGAACAAAGCGGAAGGAUAGGUUUGACUUAUGGAAAUCAUGAACUAUUAAAUUCUGGAGCCGAUACAAUCCUCUCGAUAGCCACCAGAUUAGUAAUCCAUAGAAAUUUAUGUUGAGAGAUUAAUAGAUUUGUGAAGAGUUAUUGAUCAGUCUCUGGAUGAUCAGCAACAUAGUCCCGAAUUCACAAAGGUGGUUUUGAAAACCCACGGUUGAGUCCAUGGUUUAUGCAGAUUUCCUGUAUAAAUUACG